AUGGGUGCCCCGGGCUCGUCGGCUCUGCGCAGCCUCGGCCUCCCCGCGCCGUCCCGGCCCGCCUGGCUCGGGGCGGCCGCGCUGGGACUGGCCGCCGUGGCGCUGGGGACGGUGGCCUGGCGCCGCGCGCGCUCCAGGCGGCGCCGGCGGCUCCAGCAGGUGGGCACCGUGGCGCAGCUCUGGAUCUACCCGGUCAAGUCGUGCAAGGGGGUGCCGGUGAGCGCGGCGGAGUGCACGGCCUUGGGGCUGCGCUGCGGCCACCUGCGGGACAGGUUUUGGCUGGUGAUUAAGGAAGAUGGACACAUGGUCACCGCCCGGCAGGAGCCUCGCCUGGUGCUGGUGUCCAUCACCUGUGAGGGUGACCGCCUGAUCCUCAGGGCUCCGGGCAUGGGCCAGCUGGCUUUGCCGAGCAAGCUGCCUUUCUCAAACAAGCUCCGUGAUUGCAGGCUCUUUGGUAUGGACAUCGAGGGCAGGGACUGUGGCGACCAGGCAGCUCAGUGGUUCACCAGCUUCUUGAAAACAGAGGCUUUCAGGCUGGUUCAGUUUGAGAAGCACAUGAAGGGAAGACCAUCGAGGGAAAUUUUCUCUACUUCAGUACCGAAUUACCAGGUGGCCUACCCAGACUGCUGCCCCAUCAUGAUCCUCUCGGAAGCCUCCCUGGCGGAUCUGAAUACCAGGCUGGAGAAGAAAGUGAAAAUGGACCAGUUCAGACCCAAUAUCGUGGUGACAGGCUGCGAUGCUUUCGAGGAGGAUACUUGGGAUGAACUCCUAAUUGGCAACGUAGAAAUGAAAAAGGUUUUGUCUUGCCCCAGGUGCAUUUUGACCACUGUAGACCCAGAUACUGGAGUGAUAGACAGGAAGGAGCCACUGGAAACCCUGAAGAGCUACCGCCUGUGUGAUCCUUCCGAGAAGGCAGUAUACAAGUCGUCCCCACUUUUUGGGAUCUAUUAUUCAGUGGAGAAAAUUGGCAGCCUGAAAGUUGGUGACCCCGUGUAUCGGCUGGUUCAGUGACGUGAAUUCUAGCAGCAUAGAGUGAAGCAACCUUCGGAUCGUCAUGAGGUUGAAGAAGCUUCCCAGAUCCCUGUUCAAAGGAUCCUGUCAGUCGUACUUUAGAGCCUGGUGACUAGGUAUUCUGGAAGCGUCAUCAGUGAAAGACAGCCCUUCUAGCUCCAUUAAAAAGAGACCUUUCCUGGUGCACCUGACCGCUGACACUGCUGCAAAUCUAGAAGGUGUUAAGUCCUGGGUACACAUCACAAAGCAGAAGAAGGCUCUAUGUGACACCUGGUCCUAUACAGACCCUGAAGACCUAGAAAUUAAAUUGAGGAGGAAGAGAAAUCGCUGACAUUGCAGUAGACUGCGUCCAUCCAAGACCAAGAUCAAGACUUCAUAUUUGAACAUAAAACCCUUCUUUUCCUUUCCUUUAGUCUGGCCUUAGCUUGGAAAGAUAACACACUCGUUCUGUCUCACAGGCCAUUGCUAAGGCUACAUUUACACUGUUGAGUUAAAAGGGACCUACCAGUGGGGUUUCAUAGUUCAGGAUUCACUCCUUUUGACAGGCCCCUGUUUCCCUAGUUAGGAUGAAAUGUAAAUGAGGCUAAUUUUCGGGGUGCCUGGGUGGCUCAGUCAGUUAAGCAUCUGACUCUUGAUUUCAGCUCAGGUCAUGA